UUCGUUUGUGAGUGGUGAAGAUCAGCUGUAGUCGGUCUACAGAGGCACAGAGGCAUCAUGUUUUCAUGGGGAGAGGACAGCCAGAGGGGCUUCAGGUUAAAGGACGACAGCAGACCCUCAACAGGUGAUGAUGGAGUUCAUCAUUUAAACCUCAGUUAUCACAUCACGGAUCUGUCAGCAGCUCACAGCCUGAUCGCCUUCGUCAAAACUAAUGGAAACGCGUUCAUCAUCCGCACUAAUGAGAGCAAAGAUGGGACAAGAGUCAGAGGAAAACAGAAGUUUGUGAAGUGUAAAGAGAAGAUAGAGGCUGUGAAUUGUAGUGAUGAUGUGGUCACACUGCUGUCUGACAGAGGAAAAGUCCUCUGUGUGGACACAACUCACAGUAACAUUCCAAGGCCUCUGGCAGCUUUGUGUAACAUACCGGUAUCUCAGGUUGCUUGUGGGAGCCAGCAUUCAGUUGCCCUGACCAAAGAUGGUCAGGUGUAUACGUGGGGCCAGGACUCCAGGGGUCAGCUGGGUCUGGGGAAGAGGAAGCCCGGCGCCAAUUCACCCCAACACCUCCGAUCUCUGUCAGGGAUCCCCCUGGUCCAGAUCGCUGCAGGGGGAGAGCAGAGCUUCGCCGUCUCUGUCUCUGGAGGUGUGUUCGGCUGGGGCAGAAACCACUGUGGACAGCUCGGCCUGGGAGACAAAAGAGACAGACAUACACCAACUCCUGUUCAUUAUCUGAACAUGAAGAAAACUACUCACAUUUCCUGUGGGAAGGACCACACUGCCAUUUUGACAAAGAACGGUGCAGUGUUUACAUUUGGCUCUGGUCAAUAUGGACAGCUUGGGCACAACUCCUUCAGCGAUGAACUACGACCUCGGCUUGUUGCAGAGCUCUGGGGGGCAAAGGUCACCAAGAUUGCAUGUGGACGACAUCACACAUUAGUGUUGACAGACUCCAAGAGGGUCUACUCUUUUGGGUGCGGAGAGCAGGAGCAGCUGGGACAUCGAGAGGAAAGUCAUCCGUCGGUGCCGCUACCUGUCCAACUUCCACAGGACACCCCUGAUGAUCCUAAAGUUAGAAACAUCUUCGCAGGAGGAAAUUGUUCGUUUGCAACGUGCAAUUCUAAUGAGGGCGUUCAUGAUGAGUCAAACAUUGCCAGUGUCAACAAUGUCACACCGCAUUGUCUUGACGAAAUGAUUGACAAAUGGACCUCUGAAUGUGAUUCAAAGUCAUGGAAAAAGAUAAAACAGGAAAUUCACAGGAUGUUUUCUUCCGCAUCCUGUAUGAAUACAAGCUUCCUUGAGAAAAGCAAAGAUAAACAUUUCCAGACUUCACCAAAGUACUCCGGCUUGAACUUGUCACUUGCAAGACGUGCUUUCAAGAAACUGGUCAAGAACGACGAUGUUUUCGCUGAGGUUGAGGCUGCUGUCCUGCACAUGCUUCCCUCUCUUGAUAAGAAGCCAGUGGGAGUGGAGGGGUUGAGGAUCUACCUGCUUCUCAAUGAGCUCCUGCAUGUGAUCCAGAGACACAAGGGACAACAAACAAGCACAAAGCUCGCUGAGGCGGUCGCUGCUGCAGUACUAAACUUGUCUGCUGACAGCCUCCGGGUCAUAGGGGACUGGUGGUCCUCACUGUCGUCCUCCACCAUGGUUAAACAUGUGAAGGUGUGGAAGCAGGCUCUCUCAGUGAUCAUGUCCUCUAAGCCUGUUCCUCGCAACUCUGGAGUCAGAAACCUGCUGCUAGUCCUCCAGUAUAUGUACAACGCCAACAGCAGGACUGAAGAACCUCGAAGGAUGCCAGAAAGCGAUUUCUGUUUGUUGAUUGACAAAGUCUUUCUUCAUGAGGAUCUGCAGCUUUGGCGUUUACAGUCACAACGCAAGAAUGGGCAUGCUGAGCCACUUAUCCUUUGUAGCUUUCCAACUCUGAUGGAUCUGGAGUCAAAGCAUUUGGUUUUUGACCGGAAUGCUACUCACACCAAGUGGGAAGCCAUGCAGCGCAUUGUGUUGCAUAACCUUAUGGUAUUUGGAGGAUGCGUUUUACCGACGCAUCACGACCUGCUCUUUGAACUGAACCUGAGGCGGACAUCGGUUUUGGAAGACACCUUUGAAGAACUGGCUGCUGCUUCUCACAGCUUCUACAAGUUACCACUUGUGGUUUAUUUUGAUGAAAACUUUACAGUCGAUCAGGUCUACAAAAAAGACUUUUUUUACGAACUGUUUCACGAGAUGGUGUCAGCUGAAUCUGGGAUGUUCAUGUUCAACGACUCCAAAACACUGGCAUGGUUCCCCUCCAAAGCCACACAGAAGAACCAGAAAUACUUCCAGUUUGGGGUCCUGUGUGGAUUGGCUUUGUACAACCAGUGCAUCAUACACUUACCCUUCCCACUGGCUCUGUUCAAGAAGCUGCUCGGUGUAAAGCCUUCACUGGGGGACAUGACAGAAUUCAGCCCAUGUCUUGGAGAGAGUCUGCUGAACAUCCUGGAAGACUACGAAGAUGAUGUCAUAGAAAACCUCUACAUGGACUUUUUAAUCAACUGGGAUGGGACAGAGGUUGACCUUGAUCCUGAAAAUCCUGAGAAGCCAGUGACGGGCCAAAAUAAGAAGGAGUUUGUGGAUGCCUAUGUGGAUCAUGCCUUCAACACAUCAGUGGAGGGUAUGUUUCAGGAGUUCAAGCGAGGCUUCUUCCAGGUGUGUGACCGGGAUCUGGUGAAGCUGUUCCGACCAAAGGAGCUGCAGGAAGUGCUGGUGGGCCAAGACUUCCAUGACUGGGCAAAGCUGAAACAGAACACAGUUUAUGAGGGGGUGUACAACACCACACCACCACACCCCACCAUACAGAUGUUUUGGGAGGUUUUCGAUGAACUAACUGAGGAUCAGAAGAAGGCUUUCCUUUGGUUUGUGACUGGUUUUGAAAGGGUUCCUAUUGGCAUGGAAAACAUCAAGAUGAAAGUCAGAGUUCAACAAGUCGAGCACCUCUCCUACGACCAGCACUACCCUGAGACACAGACAUGUUUCUCAAUGCUGGAGCUGCCCUUAUACUCAACCAAGGAGAUCAUGCAAACCAAGCUGACAGAGGCCCUGAGAAACAAUAGAAAAAACUUCAAGUGAUGGAACUGCGCCAUGACUGAAUCUGUACUGAACAGAUGACUCAACGUUGUAAUAGAGCACUUUGUAAAUGGCUGACCAAGGAGCAGCCUUUGGAGCUACCGCUACUGUACCUGUGUAUUAGCAAACAUGAAGGGUUUAAAAAUCUUUAUGACGAUGAUGAUAAGUGUUGUGGAUGUAUAUCAAAAAUACCAAACAUUGAUAUAGAUAGUAUAUUUGUAUAUAUGUGUAUAUACUAUACUGUAUAUGUUGCAGGGAAAACUUCAUUAAGUGAUUUAAUUAUAUUUCUUUUUAGAAGUGUUACAGUAUGUAACAAAGACAGGUCAUAGGUCAAGAGUGUGAUAGAGUUUGUUAUUUGGGGGAAAUGUUCCAUAAAAAAUAAAUGUCUACAGCAAA